AUGCCCCCGCCACUUAGAAACGCCAGUGGCUGCUGUGCCCACGACACCCUUUACGUCGACUCGUCGCCUGAAGCCGCUAUUGCUGGCUUCUCGCGCCCAGCGGCCCACAGUCGCCUCGAGGCGGCCACCCUCACCGGGAGAUUGACCUCCACAAACGCUGACGAGCUGGCAACACCGGCACAGGUCUUCAAUAAUCCGUCCGUCUUUCCUGGUCCGUUGGUUCUCCCAGACGACGAGAUUGCCCAGGACCCCGAGGACGACGAUCCGCAGACCUUCAAAGAGUGGUUCAAGUACUCUCGCGGCCCUGGGAGACAGAUCACCAACCGCAGAAAGACUCUCUACGUCAUCCCAACCCCCAAUGAGGCGGAAGAGGUCCAGUCCCUCAUGAAGGGCUGGGCGGAACCCCAGGUGCCGAGGGGCCAGAAGGUGCCAAGCCUGCCGUCUGGCCAACUAGCAGCCCCAACGGUGGAGGAUCUGUGCGACUAUCUGCGCGCCUUCUACCACCCUAUGGAGAUCAAGGUCUUUAGGCCACAGUAUCUGUGGCGAUCGUGGACCGGGAACGGGACCUCAUCCGGAUCUUCAACGCGGAGCUCGAAAUCCAGAAAGGGGCAUGACGCCUAUCUCGGUCUGGAGCCAGCCGCUCCGACUGGCGAGCUGUUCGGUGUCCGAUAUAGACCAUCGCUAGACGGUAUUGCGAAGCAGCAAUUGAACCUAAGCGAUAUUACGGAUGCUAUGCUGGCUCAUAUCCCACCAGACGCUUAUUCAAUUGUCAUGCUAACCCACCACGAUCUUUACGAAGACGAUGAAGACGAUUUCUGCUGCGGGAGAGCAUGGGGGUCUAGUCGCGUGGCUAUCGUCUCCUCAUUUCGGUAUCAUCCGUCCUUAGAUCGUUACUCAGGCAUUGACCGAGAGCACAUGUGGCCAGCGUCGCAUUGCAAAGAAUAUGUAGACGGGCUUUGUCAGACGACGACGGAACCUGCCAGAAAGCGAGCCAAGAAGGUCAAACCGCCCAGUGUGCCAACCAUCCCAGUUGGUGAAACCUCACCACUUGCCUCGGCUGUACGGGGGGGCAGCCAGCAUCUCGUGCCUAGAACAACGGAGGACUAUGCCCAGUUAUGGAUGUCCCGUACGGCUAGGACCAUAUCCCACGAGAUAGGCCACUGCAUGGUCCUCGACCACUGCUCGUUCUUCGCCUGUGUCAUGCAAGGGACUGCCAAUAUCGCCGAGGAUGUCCGCCAGCCGCCCUAUCUGUGCCCCAUCUGCCUACAGAAGCUAUCGAACCUUCUUGCUCCGUUGAUAGGGAAACCGACCACGCCGGACAUCCAGAUGCAGUUCAUCCAGGGACAGCAUGAGGCUCUCGCCAGAUUCUGCCGCAGAUGGCCAAAGGUUGGCAUGUUUGCCGGCCUCGCUGCUUGGAUAGCGCAGCGACUGGAGCUAAUGCAAAGCCACAUGGCUUCUCAAGAAGCUGAUGCCGGGGAGCAGCCUUCGCCAGAUGAUGCCAACGCAGCCCCUGGCAAGCCACCCACGAGAGCCACUCGCCAGCCCAAGUCCACAGCUUUAUUUGCAGAGUGGCUCGAUGAGGGCGCCGAUUAA